AUGAGGUUGUUCAUCCCAGUCGUGGCCCUUUUAGGCCUCUUUGCUUUCCCGGCACAGGCCCAGAACCCUCACCACGCCAUCGAUCCAGCCAUCUUCCCCGGCAUCACCCCCAGCACCGAACUCGUUCACGCCAAAGUCACCGACCCCCGCAAGCCCAAGAAAGUCAAGGGAAACUGCGGCCAGCCGACAGUCGACCUCGCCAUCGUCAAGCUCCCCUAUGUUCCCGCCGCCGGCGGCCCCCCGCACCAGGGCGCCGUGCACGUCUCCCUCGGCGGCUGGAGCUCGUCGUCCACCAACUUCCUCGUCCGCUUCGGCGAGGACUACGCCCCGUUGUUUGCGGGCUACGAUCUCCUCGCUAUCGACUACCGUGGCUGGGGCUGGUCGACCCCCGCCUUCCGCUGUUUCGCCUCCGAGGACGAGCGCAAGCAGUUCGCGCUCUCCGAGCCGCAGCUCCUUGGCGCCGACGAUGCGGCAUACGCGGCCAGGGAGAAGCGCGCCGAAGAGUUUGCCAAGAAGUGCAAGAAGAACGGCGAGGACGUCGGGAGGUUCAUGGGCACGUACUCCAGCGCCGUCGACCACUACACCGUCAUGAGGGCCGAGAAUCGUACCAAGAUGGGGUUCUGGGGCAUCUCGUCGGGCGCGCACCUGGGACAGACGAUUGCGCAGGUGUACCCCGAGGUGGCCGACAAGUUUCUUUUUGACAGCCCCGCCCCCUCUUCCCUCGCGUACACCGUCACGUCCGCCCAGCCCUCCCAGAUCAAGGACGCGGAACGCGGCCUCGAGGCCUUCUUUUACACAUGCCUCAAGGCACCCGUAGGGAACUGCUCCUUCGCGGGGUCCUCUACGACGACGGCCGAGCUCCGGACACGCUACAGCGCUCUGGAGAAGAAGCUCAAGACCAGCCCCCUGAGCGUCGCCGGCACAGACAAAAAGUUCGACUGGUCGGCCCUCCACACGUUCCUCACCACCGCUCUCCACGGCCCCGGCUGGUUCCCCGUGCUGGGCGGCGUCUUCUCCGAGGUCGAAGCCGGCGCGGCGGGCGGCUGGACCGGGUACGUCAUGACGAGCGUCCUCAACCAGCCUCCCGCGCCGCUGCCCCUCCUCACCGAAGACCCGCCCUUUGAAGGAAUCGUAGCCGGCGUCUGCACCGACGAGGGGCGGCACCUGAAGGGCAAGGACGACUUCAAGUCCUACUUCAAAUCCAUGACGGACGGGGCGCCCAGCGUGGCGCCCAUCUUCUCCGAGUGGCGCCUCGUCUGCUCCAACUGGAAGAUCGACCCGGUCAACAGGCUCGAAGACACGUCCGGCGGUCCCGUCAAGACGCAGGGCAAGUUCGUGGUGCUCAACGGCGUCGGCGAUCCGGCGAGCAGCCUCGAGGGGCCAAGGGCGUCGCGGCGCGGUUCUCGCCGAGAUCUCGCUGCCGGGCACACGAGCUUCACGGCGAGCAGCAAUUGCUUGUUCGGUGUCUUCUAUAGCUUUUUCGUGUUGGGACAGAUGCCGGCCGAGGGGACGACGUGUGGCGAUGUGUUUGCCCCGCCGUUUGGAGUCCAGCUGCCUUCUGGCUUCUAG